UUGCCACACGCUAGAUUCAUCAAGAUUCUUAUUUCCUUUUCUGAGUUCCCAAACAGAUUCCCUCUCUUUAUUAUUAUUUUUUUUUUCCUAGGGGAAAAUUCAACGAUGGCGUUGAGUUUCUCCCUGAAAUUUCUCUGUUUGCACACUGUACACACUCACAAAACCAAUACAUUUUCGAAAUCGCAAACCUUUGGCCGAAACCCUAUCUGCGCAGUUCGUCUCCGGAACCGUUCGCUGCUUAAAUCGUCGCCUCAGAAGAACUCCACCACUUCGAAAGAGCCUGAACUCGAAAUCACGUCCGGGGAUGAUGACACGCCGCCUCGACUGUCGUCUUCCGAUUCCGCUUUUUCUCGCCUUCAUCGUUUCAGUGAUGGGAUUUUUAAGUUUGAUGGCCUCUUGCCGGAGAUAUUGUCAAUUGCUUUGCCUGCUGCUUUGGCUCUAGCUGCUGAUCCCAUUACGUCGUUGGUUGAUACAGGCUUUGUUGGCCAUAUAGGGUCUGCUGAAUUGGCUGCGGUUGGGGUGUCCGUUACAGUGUUCAACGUGAUUGCUAAGUUCUUUAACGUUCCAUUGCUCAAUGUCACUACAUCUUUCGUUGCUGAAGAGCAGGCAUCUGUUAACAAGAGCAAUGAGAAUUUAUCCCAAAUUGGUUAUGAUUUCCAGGGUGAACGCCAGAGCAAGACAUACCUUCCAUCAGUAUCGACUUCAUUAUCACUAGCUGCUAUUAUUGGCAUUGCUGAAGCUAUCGCUCUCUUCCUUGGCUCAGGCUUCAUUAUGAAUAUCAUGGGUAUACCACCUGAUUCACCAAUGUGGGUACCUGCUCAACAAUUUCUUACCUUAAGAGCCUUUGGUGCUCCACCAAUUGUAAUCGCACUUGCUGCACAAGGCACAUUUCGUGGAUUUAAGGAUACAAAGACUCCUCUUUAUGCAAUUGUUGCCGGCAACCUGCUUAAUGCUAUAUUGGAUCCAAUUUUAAUAUUCAGUGUUGGACUUGGGAUUGAGGGUGCUGCAAUUUCUACUGUGAUUUCUGAAUAUUUGAUUGCUUUUAUUCUUCUUUGGAAAUUGAGUGGCGAAAUGUUGCUAAUCCCUGCUAACAUUGAUGGGAGAAGAAUUUUCAAGUAUCUCACAUCUGGCGGUCUUCUUGUUGGUAGAACCAUAGCAGUGCUCACACCUAUAACACUAGCAACAUCCAUGGCAGCUCGAGAAGGUCCCAUAAAUAUGGCCGGUUACCAAAUUUGCACAGAAGUUUGGUUGGCAAUAUCUCUGCUUACUGAUGCUUUGGCACUUGCUGGUCAGACGCUUCUUGCUACUGGUUAUUCCCAAAGAAAUUAUGAACAAUCUCGCCGGGUGAUUUACAGCAUUCUAAAGAUUGGCUUUGUGAUGGGAACGGGCUUGGCCAUUAUAUUAUUUCUUGGGUUUGGUGCAUUUUCAAGCUUAUUCACCACAGAUUCAGAAGUUUUGGAUGUUGCCUUGUCUGGUUCACUGUUUGUUGCUGGAUCCCAGCCAAUGAAUGCAUUGGCAUUUGUUAUUGAUGGACUCUAUUAUGGAGUUUCAGACUUCAAAUAUGCUGCCUAUUCCAUGGUGUUUGCUGGACUGAUUUCUUCUGUCUUCAUUCUGGCUGCUGCUCCUGCAUUUGGUCUUGCUGGAAUCUGGGCUGGGUUGUUUCUCUUCAUGACAUUGCGUGUAGGAGCUGGAUUUUGGAGGUUGAGCAUGAAAAAUGGACCUUGGGAAAGGAUAUGGGACACACCAGAACUGGAAAGUGAAUGAGAUGUGCUGGAAUGUUCGUCCAUGAACUUGAAAUUCUCUGAUUCUUGUGUUGAAGUGGUUGAAAUUGCGAGACUUGUAAUUUCUUCUAAGCUCGGCCCAACAAGUAGCUUUAGCUUCAACACCAUUACACGAGUUGCAUCAUGGUGUGUUCAAUGACCUGAUUUUUUUGGAAUCGGUUGAAUUUGCUUUUAGUGAGGUUCUAACCAUUUAGUUGCACAAUUGGGCAAUUGAGGAGUUUCAAAAACCACUUGGUUUGCCUUCCUUGCGAGGUUUUUGAUUCUUUUUGCACUAUUGGUGUAUAUAUAAUUUUUAUACUCUCUUUAGCAGUAGCUUCAUAUCGAUUAUAUACCUUAAGGUACUUGUAAUAGAAGUUAGAACUGCCAUAUAUGAAUUGUAAAUACUUCGUAGAGAUUUUGAGACGAUUAUGCUAAAUUCUCUUGUAGAGGAGGAAAAAAAGUGAAAUUGCUGGGUAUUAGGAAACA